AUAUAGUUAGAUACUAUAUAUUAUCGAAACAAUAUAACAUAUACAGUACAUUUUAAAUGGAUCAACAAGAUCACCGUAAAUCCGAUACUCAAACAGCAGAAUGUUGUGAAAUUUUAGAUACAUCUAACACACUCAAUAAUUUCGAAGAGAAUAAUCGACUUGAUGUUUCAGCUAAAUCUCACAAAUCACAUUAUAUUCGUGCUCGUAGGAGUAGACGAGAAUUGAGGCAUAAACCAGAUUGGCAAAAAUAUUUGGCAAAAGAUUAA